GGUCCUGUACAGCAAGAGCAAGAGCAAGAGAGCAUGUAAACAUUGGCUGCCAUGUGGACGUGGUGUGGCGUGGAGAAAAGAAAACUUGAAGUGUACAGAAAAAAACAAAGCUCAAUGAAGUGUAUAAGUGUGCACAGUGUAGUAACUAAGUGUGCGUAGUGAAGUAUUUAAGUGAAGAAAGGUACCAAGGAGGAGACACAAAGCGGAACAGGUCAAAAGAAGAAGGCGCCAGUGAUAACCUCGCGGGACAUCACCAGGGCGAGUAGUCUCCUGGGCCGCCAUCAACAGGUGGAGGGCUGCACGCGGAGGAGCGGAGUACAGGAAGGAGCCCUGAGUGAAGCCAGGCCGCCGCCAUGAGGGCUCUGGACGGCCGCAACAACGUGAAGGUCUACAACUUGAGUGCCGGCAAGAGCCUGCCCGAGUGGCUGACAGAAAGAAAGAGAAGAAAGUUAGCACACAAAGAUGUUGAGUUCCGUCGCAGGAUCGAGCUCAUCCAGGACUUUACUAUGCCUGACGUGAGUGGGUGUGUGCGUGUGUCUCGUGACGGGCAGUACAUCUUAGCCACAGGAACCUACAAGCCAAGGGUCAAGUGUUACGAAGUGGCUGCGCUCUCCCUCAAGUUCGAGAGGUGUUUCGAUUCCGAGGUGAUCCAGUUUGACAUCCUCUCCGAUGAUUACAGUAAGCUGGUGUUCCUGCAAGAGGAGCGCUAUGUCGAGUUCCACAGCCAGGCAGGACGGUGGUUCAGGAUGCGCAUCCCGAAGUUUGGCCGUGACCUGGCCUACCACUACCCUUCCUGUGACCUGUACAUUGCUGCCUCCGGGAGUGAGAUUUACCGGCUGAACCUGCAUCAGGGACGCUUCCUCAAUGCCCUGCAGACGGAGGCGGCGACGGGGAUAAACAAGUGUGCCUUCCACCCCAGCCACUACCUCUUCGUCUGCGGCACGGAGGACGGCCGCGUGGAGGCCUGGGACCCACGCUCCAGGCACAGGGUCGGAACUUUGGACUGCGCCGCACACAUGGCCACGGAGAAUGUACAGCUCAGCCACUAUACGUCUGUGAAGCAGCUUGGGGUGACGGCUCUGGCCUACAGCGAUGCCCUCACACUGGGAGUUGGCACACAAACGGGACAGGUGCUGCUGUACGACAUUCGCUCCAAUCGGCCGCUGCUGGUGAAGGACCACAACGACGGAUAUGCGAUACGAGACCUGGAGUUCCACGGCUCCUCGGGGAUGGCGCUCUCCAUGUCCUCCAAGGUGGUCAAGAUAUGGGACAAGGCAACGGGUAAACCUCACACCAGCAUUGAGUCGGGAGUGGACUACAACGACCUUUGCGUUGUGCCAAACUCCGGUAUGCUCUUCCUGGCCACGGAGGACACCAAGAUGCACACCUACUUCCUGCCGAGCCUUGGCACGGCCCCCAAGUGGUGCUCCCACCUGGACGCCCUGAUCGAGGAGCUGGAGGAGGAGGAAGCUCCCGCCCAGUUUGACGACUACAAGUUUGUGACGGAGGAUGAGUUGAAGCAGCUGGGCCUGCAUGACCUCAUUGGCACUGACAUGCUGCGGGCGGUGAUGCAUGGCUACUACAUGGACCUGCGGCUCUACAACAAGGCCAAGCUCAUCGCCAACCCCUUCGACUACAACGACUUCAUGAAGCGCAAGGUGAAGCAGAAGAUAUCAGAGGAAAACCAGCGAGGCAUUCAAACAAAGAAAUUGCCGAGCAUCAACCGUGACCUGUUUGAGAGGCUGGUGGACGACAAGCAGGAGAAGAACAAGAAGAGGGUCAAGACAGCAGAGACGUUACUCAAGGAUGAUCGCUUCACCAGUCUCUUCUCGAGUGCCGACUUCCAGAUUGACAAGGAUUCCGUCGAGUACCAGCUGGUCAAUCCCGUCCUCAGCAGAAUGGACAAGAAGAAGAAGAAACAAAAGCAGGAGGAGGAGGAGGAAGAACAGGCUUUCUUGGAUGCUCAGAGAGGUGCUGAGGCUGGCGAGAGCUCAGAUUCAGAUUCCAUCCUGUCUGACUUUGGACUGGACGACAAAGAUGACAAGGAGGAGGAGGAACUUAGAAAAUCCACAAAGCUGAAGAAGAAAGAAACCAAGUUCAAGAAGGAGAAACCUAACCCGAGGAAGGGCGACACAGGGGCAGCCAAGAAUGGACCUGAGCCACAGACCUCCAGGACCCACAGCAACAGGGGCAUCACCUUCAAGUCGGCCAACUCCCUCGCUGAACUCAAAGCCAACAGGAAAAAGCUGGACAGACUCCCCCUGGGUGAGCGCCUGGGCAUGGACGACAGCCCCGGGGAGAGCGUCAAGCAGCACUCCUUUGGAAGCCGAGAGAUGAACUACGUGGUGAAGAAGGUGCCCAAGUUUGAGAGGUUACGACAGCGACAGAAAGAACACCAGCAGGAACGAAGGAAAAUCCGCCGCUCAACAGACAAGCUGAAGGGGAAGUUUAGAGUUAAGGAUCCACUGAUGGGAUAGUCUUGUUGAUGGACUCAGAUUUAUAUUCUUACUGUUGCCUAGUCUUCUAAGUGAGGGACAUCUGAAACAGCAGAAGUGAGUGAGCAGCAGAUGUUAGUCCUCUAAGAACUUGGUGACCAUGAGCCUGUAAGCUGCAAGACACCCAUAUCUGGAUAUUCCUGUGUGAGUGUGACACCCAAGUAAAGUCUGGACAUAGUUAUCAAGGUGGGUCAGUUUCAACACUACCAGAGCCAAAAACAUUAAGAUUGAACUGAAACUGAACUACUGGAUGAAAACUGACCAAAUUGUAAUACAUUCUGUAUUCUCCAGAGGCUCAACUCUUAGUACAAGAUGUUUUUGUAAGCAAUUUGCCACCUGUGAGCUCAGCAUUUUUAUGGCUCUUGUGUAAAGUCUUUCCUCGAGAAUCUGGUGGGGUCAAUAA